CUGCAGCUUGCUGUGAUGCCACUUACCGGAUGAACAAUUGUUUCACGUCAAAACAAUCCGGAAGACGGUAAAGCAUGACGGAACUGCUGCUCAGCGGAGGCGAGGUCAAGGCGACGGUGAUCCCAAAUGUCCAUAGAAAUAUAAUCUGCUGAACCUGUGGGUUAUCAUGUGCAAUAGGUGUCGGCAAUUCUCCGCUUUAUGAGCCAGGACUAACACACUCCAGUGUUACUGCAGGUCCAUGCUGACAUAGCGCAGCUUUUCCAGCUGUCCGAACUGGUGUAGCUCACCGUAAACAGCUCCAGCGACGUCAUGGGGAACGGAAUGAAUAAGGUUGUUGAUGGACUGUACCUGGGCAACAUAAGAGAUUCGGAAAACAGAGAAGGUCUCUCCAAAAACGGAAUCACCCACAUCCUUUCUGUGUACAACAACGCUAAGCCAGUGUAUGAGGACAUCACAUACCUUUGCAUUCAUGCGGCUGAUGCUUCCAGUCAGAACCUACUGCAGCAUUUCAAAGAGUGCAUCGGCUUCAUCCACCAGUGUCGCCUCGACGGCGGAGCCUGUUUGGUUCACUGUCUUGCAGGUGUGUCACGCAGCACCACCAUGGUGGUGGCCUACCUGAUGACCGUCACCCACUACAGCUGGGAGGAAUGUCUGACCGCAGUGAAGGCUGUUCGCUCGUUUGUCGGCCCAAACUGUGGCUUCCAGGAGCAGCUGCAGGAGUACCAAAACACACGCGUCUCAGAGUACCGAGCUUGGCUUCAGUCCAGUUUUUGUCCCAGUCCGUUCAAUGACCAGCAGGAGGUGGAGGCUCUGUUGAACCAGUAUGCGGAGCAGCAGGAGAGCCAGGGCAGAGCGGUGGACCACAGCUGGAUGAACCGUGGAGUAGACGCUGGUGAUGCUGAAGGCGACGGCUGAAACUACACGCUCCGCACCCAAGUCAGCCCUCACACCGAAUGCAACUUUAGAGUUUGGAUUAAAGAUUUUUUUUUUUUUUUCUUCCGUCACAACUUUUUUAAGCUCUGGGUAUUUAUUCAGAAAUGUGCUACAAACUUUAAUUCCUUAUAUCACCGAGCACUGCCAUUACUAUGGUUUUGGUGACGCCUUACAAUAAAACACCCCAGCACUUUAGCCAUAAUGAGUAACUUCCAUGUUUCUUUUUUUUUUUUUUACUAUUGACUCAGCAGCCUUAAAUCUGACUGACUAAUGCUGUUUCGAUUAAAAACUGUUUGCCUUUUUGAAAAAUGAAAUGCUCCAGUUAAGCCAUAAUGUCUUUUUUUUUUUUUUUUUUAACAUACAUCCCUUCAGUUUCUCCAGAAUAAACUAUUUAACACCGCAGCUUGUGAAAUCAUUAUGUGCACUGGACUGAUGCAUUUUUCAAGUGCAUCUGAUUAAUAGAUAAAGAGAAAGAUUUCUUUUAUUUGGUCACAUCACACACACGCACACACACACACACACCAAAAUGCGUUACCUGGACCCCACAGUGAAACUUCCUGAUUUGGUGAAAAUGAUGAUGAUGUGUAGUAGGACACAGUGUUGCACAAACUCCUACUUUCCCUGAUCAGAAGGGAACUUUAUGCUCCCCAUCAGGCUGUAAGCAGAAAAAAAAACCCAGAACAGUUAAACAAUAAAAGCAGGAGGUAGAUUGUUUUAAUUGUCCACAAUAAUUUAUGGUACUAUAAACACAUUGAAAAUGUUUUAACAUUUAGAAAAUGUUACUUGAAUUAAAAUAAACUCACUGAACUUUGAAGAGUAAUCACCCUUUGAUUUCCAAACACCUGUUUGCAUUUUAAAGCUGCUUUGUAAUGCAAUUGUGGAUUUUUUAAAUUUCUUUUUAAUGUUGUUAAAUUUCUGUUCUGUUUUAAUUAUGUAUAUACGAUUCAUUUUAUUGUUAUGUUUUAUAAAGAAAUGCAAAAUUGCUAAUAAAUCUGAAGCUCUUGCA